CGUGACCGCCUGCCACCCAGCCAAUGUGUGAGCACGGCGGCGAAUUUUGAAUGUGGUCGUCUUAGUCGGAGGGUGACGAGACGGUGCCGUAGACCUGGAGGUCCCGGAGCACGGAGCACACACAGCUGACAGUUUCGCGCAGACUUGGAAUGUGAGGAGGAGGGCGACAGCUGCGGCAGAACUGGUAGCCAAGGAAACAAAACUUCCGAUAAGGUAGAAGAUGGCCAAAGAAAGGAUCCUCAAAAAGUCCUUUCAGGAUAGCCUUGAAGACAUAAAGAAACGAAUGAAAGAGAAAAGGAAUAAAAAUUUGGCAGAGAUUGGCAAACGAAAGUCUUUAAUAGCUGCACCAUGCCAAAUAAUCACCAAUACUUCUACACUGCUAAAAAACUACCAAGACAACAACAAAAUGUUAGUUUUAGCUUUGGAAAAUGAAAAAUCCAAAGUGAGAGAAGCCCAUGACAUCAUCCUACAGCUGAGAAAGGAAUGUUACUACCUGACAUGUCAGUUAUAUGCACUGAAAGAAAAACUUACUUCACAACAAACAGAAGAACUUGCUCAGAACCAUGAAGUAUGUCCCUCUGGAAUGGACUCCAAUAGUGACAAGAACUCUGGGGAUUUAUUUGUGAAGGAUUUACCGCAAGUUCCUCUGCAGGAAGCUCACCUUCCAGGACAAGGAGAAUCAUUCCAAACAGAAGAGCAAAUAUCCCCUGUGCCUCAAGACAGACUUGGAUUUGAUUUGAAUUCAGGUGAACUUAAGUCUGCUGAUAAUGUCUUACCUAGAACUGUAUCUCUUCGUCGCAAUUUAAAGAAACAGUAUAACAAUCUAUGCCAAUUCAAUACUUUGGAUAAUUUUGAAAUCAGUCAUGUGUCAGAGCAGUCUUUUGAAUUGGAAACAGUUAGAGUUGUAGACCCAGUAGUAAAUAAGUACAUAUCUGAAAAUGUAGAACAAAACGUUUGUCAGUGGAACAAGUAUCAAAUUAACUUAUCACCAAAACUGAUUCACCCAGGAAUAUCUACUAAAACAAAAGAAGACAUUUUAGAGUAUAAAUCUGAACAAACUAAACGUAAGCAUAGAGAUGCACAAGGAAGGAAGAGAGAAGAAAAAAGAAAAACUAACAGAAGGGGAAAAUCAAAAUCUGUAUCUAAGUAUAAAUGGAGCAAAAGUAAAAAUAAAAAACCCAUUUCCAAAAACAAGUUGGAUGAUUUUGUCACUUCCAGUGAUGCUUACAAUUUUAAUUCAGAAGAGCGUAUUCACGUCACUCCUUUUCGACAAAAAAUGAGCAAUGGUUCUAAAAUAGAAGAAAACAGCAAUGAAUCCGAAGUGAGCAUCUGUGAAUCAAGUGGCUCAGGAGAUGAUUCUGAUGACCUCUAUUUGCCUACUUGCAAGUACAGUCAGGAUCUCACCAGUGAAUCAGAUAGGAGCCCAGUCACCAGGCCUCGAUCUAAAAGAGCACUAAAAUGUAGAGAUGAAAAAGAGAUGGAGAGUUCUCAGCCAACAAAAACUCCUACCAGUGCACUACCUGAAAUUCACCGGUCACCUCAUUUUGGCCUGAAGGAUAUCACCAAUGUCCCCUUGGAUCCUGAAGUGAAAAUCAGAAAACUUUCUCUUUCUCCAAAAAAGAAUAAAGAAAUCCCAGUAGUAUCUCUGCCUAAGCGUAGGUGCACGACCAGUGUGAACUAUAAGGAACCCACACUGGCUUCGAAACUGAGAAGAGGGGACCCUUUUACAGAUUUGUGUUUCUUGAAUUCGCCUGUUUUCAAGCAGAAAAAGGAUUCCAGACGCAGUUCUAAAAAAAAAAGUAUGAAGCAAAUACAAUGAAGCAUUUGUUGGAUGCUGUUUAAAUUCAUCACCCCUUAUACUGCUCGGAGAGAAUCUGUAAGAUUCUGUAAGUUCAAGUGUGUUGAACUACUGCCAUAGAAUAUUCUCUUGACAGGACUCUAGAUCGUGGACAUUUCUUCAAAAUCGUACUUCAAAUGUGAUUUUUUUUUCCUAAACCUUUAUUAGAUUUGGUUUUUCUGUUGUUGCUUUAAAUAUAAAUAAUUGCACUUAAGCACUAUUAUAGUUAAGAGUCCUCAUACUGCCUGAAACCCUUAAUUUUGGUCAAAAUGUAUCUUAUACCAAAAUUUUGGGAAUUAAUGAUUAUUCAAAUUAACGUGUUUUAAUUGUAAGUUUCUGGCUUUUUUGUGUUCCCUUAAGCAGAGAACACUAGGAUGAAUGAUUUUUGAAGACAGUCUGAGGAUAUUUUGAAACUCCUAAAUUUUGAAUAAUAUAAGUUCUUAACAUUCACACACCGUAGGGUAUACUGUAUUGAUGGUUGAUCCCUUUAACCAUUAUCUUAUUUAAUUUAUCAGAUAAAAUGUGUAUGAGAUCAUGAUUAGAGGACUGAUGGUUACCUAGGCUGAGGGACUUGGUAAGUAACUAACUCUGAACUCCAAGCGUUAAGUAUAUAUAGUUUAAAUUGAUACUUCAGCAAAAUCACAAAUUAUGUCAUGGAUUUUCAAGAUUGUUCUUUAGUCAAAAACUUCCAGUGUUAAAUGUGUGAAUGCCAAGAGAUUUUUGUAUUUUUGAUCAAACAAUGAGAUGGAAUUAGUUCAGUUCUGAAAAUUCAAAGCCAAUGCUUGUAUAUACCUCUUUAAACUUUAAAGCACUGAAGGUUAUCCACUUUUAAGGAAAAAUAAAGUUUGUAUGAAGAUAGUGCUUGUGUUUUCUUCUCUUCUUUAAAUAUCAAAGAAAAUGUAUCUGGCCAUCUUACCUUCUAGCCUGCACUGUUCUCAUCCUUAGACAUUUCUUACCCUACACCUUGGUUUUCUCUAUAGUCAUUGCCAUGAUACUCUUAGCUCCCCUACCAUAGUCUCAACCUAACACUCCUCUCUUUCAGUUUUUCAUCAUGAAAUAUCCAGGUCCAUGAUCAACAAAUUGUUUUACUAGGGGACUCUUUCAAUCCUGACAUCAGAGUUUCUUGACUGCAUGUCUGUAUCUUUCUGCAUUCUGUAUCAGUUACACCCAAAAUCCUUUACAUCAGCCAAAUUUUUUUGUUCCUGAUGGAAUCGCUGAUUCGUGUGUCUUAUUUCCCAUCACAGUCUCAUUUUUUCCAACCACUCCAUUUAUAUAUAUAUAUAAACUAGAAAGGCUACCUUUACAUAAAAUUAAAUUCAAUUUAAAAUUUAAUUUCUCAGUCAUAGUAGCCACAUUUCAAAUGCUCAAUAGCCACAUAUGGCUAGCAGUUACCAUAUUGGGAUCAAUGCAAAUUUAGAAUAUUUCUAUCACCACAGAAAGUUCUAUUGGACAGUGCUGCUCUAGGCCAGCAUUGGACAAACUACAGCCUAUGGGCCAAAUACAGCCCUCUGCUUUUGCAUUGUCUGCAAGCUACAAAUGGGUUUUUUUGUUCUUAAGUUGUUAAAGAAAAACACUAUCAAUUUCAAUGAUAGAAAACAGUAAAUUUGAACCCCAAUUUAGUACUUACAUAAUAUCUGAUUUUACCUCUUUGACCUGCAAAGCCUGAAAUACUUACACUCCAGCCCUUUACCAAAAAAGUUUGCCAACUCCUGCCCUAGAUCAUUUACUGCCAUUACUUUUACUUUAUAAAUCUUUUCUUCUGACAUUUUCAGGUCUAGCUUUGAUCUUUACCUUCCUUUCAUCUUUAAAAUCAUUACUCUAAAUUUGGUAUUUUUGUACUUUUUAUGUUUUGUAUUCUUGCUGUAGCAUUUAUUCAUAGAUUGUUAAGAACUGUUUUGUAUUUUAACAUUUUACAUGUUGUACAUCUUUUUGCAACUGACUUGACUUAGUGUUGUUUUUGAGAUUUAUCCAUGUUGGUAGCUGUAGAUUAUUUUCAUUGUCGUACAGUAUUUUGUGAUAUGAAUAAAUCAGACUUUGAGAGACAA